UAUUUAUUUUUCGAACAAUUAGUACUUUCAGGUGCAGUCUCGAAUAAACAGUGAUAGACUUAUUUAAUUAUUCACAAUGGUUGUAGAUGAAAAAUAUAAAGGUCCAUUACUUGGAGCUCGACAUCUUCAGGCUAUUUUAAUAAAUCUCGCAAUGUUAACCAGCUAUCUUCAAAGAGUUAACAUUUCUGUAACACUAAUUGCUAUGACAGAUUCAAAAACAACUAAUCCAUAUUUUCAUGAAUUUGAUUGGAAUGAAAAAGAACGGUCCUACAUCAUAAGCAGCUUUUUUUGGGGAUACAUAUUAACCCAAUUCCCAGGGGGAUUUAUGUCUCGGAAGCUCGGAGUCAAAGCAACAAUCAUGAUAGCUAUGCUGGGAUCUUCUGUACUUAAUUUACUGAUUUCAGUCUCCGUUCCUUGGGGUCAGUGGCAAGUCUACUGUGUGAUACGAUUUGGACAAGGUUUGUUUCAAGGCUUAGUUUUUCCAAGUGCUCAUACUCAUUUAGCAAUGUGGUCACCUGUUGAGGAACGUACUCUCCUUGGAGGUCUUAGUCAUUUGGGCGUUGAAACUGGUACAGUUUUUGCCAUGUGUCUUACAGGAAUUAUAGCCGCUUCGGAUCUAGGAUGGCCAGGCAUAUCAUAUGUUUAUGGAGGGUUCGGUAUUGGGUUUUGUGUUAUUUGGAUGAUCUUCGCAGAAAAUAGUCCAAGUGUUGCUCGAUUCAUAACUGCAGACGAACGAAAGUACAUCAUUUCUUCGCAGGCUGGGACAGGUGGUGAAACCAAGCCAACAGUUCCGAUUCCAUGGAAGGCUAUUUUCACAUCGGUUCCUUUUAUUUCCCUCUUGGUCGUGCGUAUUGGCCAUAAUUGGGGAUCUUCAACAAUGCAAACUCAAACUCCUGCAUAUCUCCAUGGAGUUCUGAGUAUGAGCAUAGUAAGCAAUGCCUUCUAUUCAUCUCUUCCUCAUUUAGCGGCAUGGAUUUUGUCAUUUGUUUACUUUACAAUUGCUGAAUUAGUUCUUCAGAAGAAAUGGGCUUCCUUAUCUGUGGUGCGGAAGACCAUCAACACGAUUUCAAUGUGGAUCCCAGCUUUGCUGCUAAUUGGAAUAGGAUUUCUGGACGAAAAACAAAAAGCUCUAGCCAUAGUUCUAUUGACAUUAAAUGAAGGUCUUAAUAGUGGAAACACAGUUGGAAGUUUGCUAAACCUUAUUGACUUGUCACCUAAUCAUACGGCCAUAUUGACGGCAGUUCUUAACUGCAUCACAAAUAUUAUUCCCAUGAUAACUCCACUUGUAGUUGGAAUCAUUGUUUAUGAUGAGACUCAACGAACACUUUGGCAAAUUGUGUUUGUCAUAGCGUCUGCAUUCUUCUUUUUUGGAAACUUGCAAUACCUUUUCUUUGCAGCGACAAAUGUUCAGCCUUGGAACGACGGAGAAUUUCUAACCAAAAAUGACAAUAAACAAAAAAUUUAAAUUUAAAGAAACUAACUUCUUGAAA